CUGAAUUAGAUAAAAUGGUCAUCCCGUUGGAAAUGCUGUGGUGCACUGUAGCUCUAAUAACUGAAAAUGUAAAGUAGGAGUUUUCCUUGAGCUUAAGCCAAUUCUCAUGGAGAACUGUUAUUGAGGAGAGAUCCAUUUGUUGGGAUGUAAUUUAAAAAGGAAUGAAUCAAGAUAAAACCUCUAAAUGCAAGCACCAGAAAAAUCACAACACAUCUUGGUGAAUUUGCAAGUUGGAUCGUCUUUCCUUGUGGGUUGGCACGCAGUUGUAGGACUGCAAAAUGGGUCUCCGGAUUCACUUUGUUGUUGACCCGCAUGGUUGGUGCUGCAUGGGUUUGAUUGUCUUUGUCUGGUUAUACAAUAUUGUUUUAAUUCCCAAAAUUGUCCUCUUUCCUCACUAUGAAGAAGGACAUAUCCCAGGCAUAUUAAUAAUAAUAUUCUAUGGCAUUGCCAUAUUUUGUCUGGUUGCUUUAGUGAGGGCCUCAUUUACUGAUCCCGGAAGACUCCCUGAGAACCCUAAGAUUCCACAUGGAGAACGGGAGUUCUGGGAAUUAUGUAACAAAUGUAAUUUGAUGAGACCAAAGCGUUCCCAUCACUGUAGCCGCUGUGGCCACUGUGUUAGGAGAAUGGAUCAUCACUGUCCAUGGAUUAACAAUUGUGUUGGUGAAGAUAAUCAUUGGCUUUUUCUGCAGUUGUGUUUCUACACGGAACUUCUUACUUCCUACGCUCUGAUGUUUUCUUUCUGCCACUAUUAUUACUUUCUUCCCGUAAAAAAGCGUAACUUGGACCUCUUUGUUUUUAGACAUGAACUGGCCAUAAUGAGACUAGCUGCCUUUAUGGGCAUUACUAUGUUAGUUGGGAUAACAGGACUUUUUUAUACUCAACUAAUUGGCAUCAUCACAGAUACAACAUCUAUUGAAAAGAUGUCUAACUGUUGUGAAGAAAUAUCGAGGCCCCGAAAGCCAUGGCAGCAGACCUUCUCAGAAGUUUUUGGCACUCGUUGGAAGAUCCUGUGGUUUAUUCCUUUCAGGCAGAGGCAACCACUGCGAGUUCCCUACCACUUUGCCAAUCACGUCUAAACAGAUGGAUGGUGGGCACAGAUGGGUCCUCCACGCUGGAAAUGCGUUACAGGUUUUCUGAUAAUAGAACUAUGACAGUCUUCAAGUCAAUUAAAAUCCACCCACCAAUCUUAGGCAUCAUAAUGUGCCCCAGGCUUUAUUUUAAUAGUGAUCUUGAUCCUGUUGUGGGACUAAUACGAGAUCUAUAUUUAAGUUUUAAAGCAUGUUUACUUUCAAAUUAGCUUUCCACAGGGAUUUCUCUAAAUGCUUUUGUGAUUAGACCCCGAAGGCAGUGAUUGAGAUGAAAUAAUUGUACAUAAUUUUUUUUAGUACUGACAAUGUUACAGAUUUUAAUUUAUGGGAAAUUUCAGAUGUUUAUUUAAAUUUUUCACUCUUAAGCAGUACUAACCAAAUCUGAAUUUCAUUCUUUGGGUUUACAAAAGUUGAUACACCUAUAUUAUAGGUAAGUUUUCUUUUUCAAAUACAUCAUAAUUUAAAUAGCAAUACUGCCUUUUAUUUGUGCUGCAGGAUUUUUUUUUAAUGCAGCAUAGAUUGAACAACAAUGAAAAACCAAAAAAAAAAAAACCAACAUAAAAAGGGCAGUGUUUUCUUAGAAGUAGCUCUCUAAUGUUUUCUGUUUUUCUCUUCACCAAAAACAAAAUAAAAACGCCACUAAAAUAAAAUACCAACUACCUACCUUAUUUUAAAGGAAAGAUGAAUUUUUUUUCCAUAUUAACUUUCUCACUUCUUUUCCCUGCACUGAUAUAAUUAUUGGUUGUUGUUAAAAUAAUUGCUCCAAGUCAGAAUUUUUGACCACAUGGGCAUGUAUUCUAUUUUACGCUAAGAUUUUGAUGAGCAAAAAGGGUAGAGAAUUUGUAAUAAUUCCACAGGUACCUUUUCUCGUACAGUUAAAUUAGAAUGAAUAUGUUUUUAAAAUGCUAGUGUACUAGAUAAUAUAUAAUGUACAGUGUAAAGAGGAAUAUUGUGCUUUUAAAAAACAUAUAUAUAUAUACUUUUUACUUUUAUUUACCUACUAGUACAUCUAAAAUUACACAUUGAAGGUUUAUAUGUAAUAGAUAUUGACCAACUAAAUAAUAAAAUUUUAUUUGUAGGAAGUUGCUAGUAAAAAUAAGUAAGUAACCUUUGUGUACCUAUAAUCACCCAAAUCAAAAUGAAAUUUUAAUCGGCAACUAUAAAUUUGGAUUGAGAGACCAUUUGUUAGUAGCUAAUGUUAAGAAAUGACCUUAGAAAACAUAAAGAUCUAUAUUUACCAUUAGCUUAUACAAAUUUAAAUGGCUAAUGGUGAUGGUCUCUUGGAAAGCAGAGAAGAUCUGUGUGAAAAGACAUUUAGCAGACUUUGAAAAAAAUUCAGCCUUUACAUUUUUUUCCAUUAGAAUACUGCAAAAUCCAUAUAUCUUUUUAGAAAAUGUAUGUCCUCACAGUCUUUGAAGAGAAGAUUGAAGGGGUCUGCUGUUCUUGGAGCAUAUCAAUAUUUUCCUUUUAGUUAGUUUUGAGAGUAAGGAGUCACACCUGAGAAAUCAUGAAACCGAAGAUUUCCGUUGUCAGCCAAUUAACUAUACUGUAGUUAGUUCUUCCAGGAAUUGUAAAUAUCUUCUAAAAUAAUCAAAUAAGCUGUUCUCAGAGAUAUAAAUACCAUGUCUUUUAUGUUCUGACUGCAGUGCUUUAUUAUUUAAAAAUGUAGAAUUGGCAGAUGAAAAUAUUUAUUGGUGCUGAUAAGAUGCAUAGCAAGUUUAAUAUGAGAAGUAUAUUUAUAGAGCCUAAUGAACCACAAAAUUAGUAUGUUCAUCAGGCAACUGGGUUGAGUUUCAUGCAAGCUAACGUAUUGACCAAAUUUUGGUCUGGUGACAGAACCGUUAUAGGGAAGUAACGUGUAGAUAUAUAAAUAGGUCUCAGUCAAAUGCCUUAUGCUGUAUACAUUCCUGUCAGAUGAGAACCUUGAGAAAAAGCAAAGCCUACUGUAGAUCCCCCCCAGGGAGCUUUUUGGACAUAUUUAUACGUCAUAUAGUAGCAGUAGGUACACACCUGGGAGGUCCUCAGUCCCAACCUCUGCCUCGGCAAGGAGAGCUGGAGGUGGUCCGUUUAUCACUCCAAAGGUGGUUUUUGUUUUCUUAGAUCCACCACUUCUAGGCACACUUCCUUCCCUCCUUUCUCUUUACCCUCCCUGCUCCUGAUCCCACUACUUGAGUCCUCUAAGUUACGGGGAUAUAGAUUGAUACACUAGGCAAGGCAUAUAUUUAUUUUGUUUGAAUGGCAGAAAUGCUAUAUAUCAAUCUAUUUAUAUAAGAAUCUAUAUUAAAGCAUAGCUAUAUAUACUUAUGCUGUAACUUUCAGUAUUCCCAAGUUAGCACACCUAACUGGGUUUAUAAUUCUUGUGCCAGGACUUGAAAGAAACCAACUGGCAGUUUGCUAGGGAGUGCAGGAAGUCUAGUUGUGUUCUGUCUGCGCCCUCUUUUGGCUAAUCAGUGUAAUUAUACUGGCUCUAGAGAUCCACAGUGCCACAAUUAACUGUAUAGCCUAAUCCUGAACAUGCCAGAACUUAGGGGCAGUGUAUGUACAAAAAUGUAUGGGUUUAUGAAAAUCAGUGUGUUCCACUUUAUAAUGACGACGUCUAGUUCAUAUAAGUGUGAUAAGUACUUGGCUUCAUUUAUGUAUAUUCUUAUAUUUUUUUACUCUCAAUUAGAAAUUUCUAUUAGAUUUGGAUAAACAAAUGUAAACCAUUUCAUGAAUUUUAUUUUAAACCUUACCUUGGCAAAUUAAGCCCUUAGAAUUAGGAAAACCAUUACUUAAAAUGACCAAUUUAUUACAAAACACAGAAAUUUACUGUAGUUACAUCAGCAAGCAGGUACCUAAUGUGUUUUGAUGGGUAUUAAAAAAAAUACGUUUAAUUAUUUUUUAACCUCAGUUUUGGAAUGACUUUUUUCUUUUUACCUGAUUCUACUGCAUUAAAAAAAUAAGAGAUUAAUAAUUCUUUCUAUACUUUUUUUUUUUUUUUAGCUCUCCUAUCCAGAGUUACAGCUGUAACUUUAGUAGUCAUUGUGUUAGGUAUUUUGGAUAACCAUGAAAAUAAGAAAUGAUGCUGAGCAUUAGUAAAUAGUUACAAGCAGUGGGAUUACUGAUGUGAUCUGUUUGUUAGAAGUAGUAUUUCCUUAUAAACAUUCCAUUUCAUUUUAGGCAAAAUAUGUGUUAAAGGAUGCUUUAUAUCAGUCAUGUUUGUGGCGGGGGUCUGGAAAUGAAAGAUUUUUAGCUAGACGCUCUAGGUUACACCUCUUGAACAAUUAUAUUUGUUGUUGUUCUCGUCUGUAAACAAACAUGUUUAUGGGCCCUAGAUUAUGGGGAAAAAUUGACUGAGUUCAGAAUCCCCCAAACUGUAGGUAUCUGGUUAAAGAGCUUUUGGUACUUUAUAACCAAGACUUAAAGAGUUUUUAAAAUAUGUGAAGGUGUUGCAUUAUAAGAAAAAUACUAUUUUGCUUAAGAGUUGUAUUAAAAAUAUUUGUGAUUAACAUAAGAGAUAGCUGUAUUUAACAUUUUAGUUGAUGUAUUAAUCUCUUUUAACAGAAGAAGGCAUAGUUUACUUUUAAUAGUAAUAGAAUUAGAGAACAUAAACAUACCUAACAUUCAGUAUAACAACUAAGUUAAAACUUCUGUCAGACUGAACAUCAGUGAAUUUUUGCUGAUGCUUAGAGGUAUUUUACUCUAAGGAUGCUGGCUAAUUAAAACCAUUCAUCACCAGGCUUUUUCAGGUCACUUCCAUAAAAGUAAUUACUUGAAGGUGUAUUUCACCCAAAAGGAUUUAUUAUUUCUGAACACUAAUCGUGAAGACUUAGGUUAGAAUAACACUUCCAACCAGGAAAUGUGAAGUAGUUUAGAUUAUGGCCACACAGUUUUCUAUGUGUUAGAUCAGAGGGCAGUUUCAGUGUUCUCCCAUGUGUUGUUCUAAAAUCAAUGGAUCCAGCCCUAGUUUACAACGGUAGUGAUGUUAACAGAGCGGCUGGUCUCUCCCUGGGCUUUUUUCUAGUCUCUAACUAGUCCCUUGUGCUUCAUGUAUUUAUAGAUUAUCGAGCUCAAGUUUACUAAACUAUUGCUGCUUCAGUAAAUAAAAUUUUGAAAUCACCUCUAA